AUGGCUACAGCUGUACACGUGUUCACUACAACUGUACAUGUGUUCACUCCAGCUACAGCUGUACACGUGUUCACUCCAGCCACAGCUGUACACGUGUUCACUCCAGCUACAGCUGUACACGUGUUCACUCCAGCUACAGCUGUACACGUGUUCACUCCAGCUACAACUGUACACGUGUUCACUCCAGCUACAGCUGUAUAUGUGUUCACUCCAGCUACAGCUGUACACGCGUUCACUACAGCUGUACAUGUGUUCACUCCAGCUACAGCUGUACAUGUGUUCACUCCAGCUACAGCUGUACACGUGUUCACUCCAGCUACAGCUGUACACGUGUUCACUCCAGCCACAGCUGUACACGUGUUCACUCCAGCUACAGCUGUACAUGUGUUCACUCCAGCUACAGCUGUACAAGUGUUCACUCCAGCUACAGCUGUACACGUGUUCACUCCAGCUACAGCUGUACAUGUGUUCACUCCAGCUACAGCUGUACAUGUGUUCACUCCAGCUACAGCUGUACACGUGUUCACUCCAGCUACAGCUGUACACGUGUUCACUCCAGCUACAACUGUACACGUGUUCACUCCAGCUACAACUGUACACGUGUUCACUCCAGCUACAACUGUACACGUGUUCACUCCAGCUACAGCUGUACAUGUGUUCACUCCAGCUACAGCUGUACAUGUGUUCACUCCAGCUACAGCUGUACAUGUGUUCACUCCAGCUACAGCUGUACAUGUGUUCACUCCAGCUACAGCUGUACAUGUGUUCACUCCAGCUACAGCUGUACAUGUGUUCACUCCAGCUACAGCUGUACAUGUGUUCACUCCAGCUACAGCUGUACACGUGUUCACUCCAGCUACAGCUGUACACGUGUUCACUCCAGCUACAGCUGUACACGUGUUCACUCCAGCUGUACACGUGUUCACUCCAGCUACAACUGUACACGUGUUCACUCCAGCUACAGCUGUACACGUGUUCACUCCAGCUACAGCUGUACAUGUGUUCACUCCAGCUACAGCUGUACAUGUGUUCACUCCAGCUACAGCUGUACAUGUGUUCACUCCAGCUACAGCUGUACAUGUGUUCACUCCAGCUACAGCUGUACAUGUGUUCACUCCAGCCACAGCUGUACAAGUGUUCACUCCAGCUACAGCUGUACAAGUGUUCACUCCAGCUGUGGCUGGAGUGAACAGCUACAACUGUUCAACAGCUCACUCCAGUCACCACUGUAAUGAACUCAAAUGGUAA